AUGAAAUCUGCCACGGCCGGGGACGCAGUGCCUGCAGACGUCAAACAGCUUGAUUUUGCGAAGGCCUCCUCUAACGGCAUCUCCUCCCAUACGCCCACGCGCACCACCGCAGACGCUGCCACUGCCACUGCCACCACUGCCGCCCGAAAGCCGAAACAGCGCAGCAGGCGCAAGAACCUGACUGAAGAGGAGGACAAUGCCAAGCGGCGGUGUGUGAGCACUGCGUGCGUAGCAUGUCGGAAGCGCAAGAGCAAGUGCGAUGGCAACACGCCAGCCUGUGCGGCGUGCAGCCAAGUCUAUGGUACCGACUGCAUCUACGACCCGAACUCCGACCACCGGCGGAAAGGCGUCUACAAGAACGCCCUCGACAGUCUCAAGACGCGCAGUUCGACCCUCCAGACUUUGAUCCACGCCAUCCUGAACUACGCAGAGAAUGAAGUUCCAGCUCUCAUCAGGGAGAUCAGAACGUGUGAAAGCCUUGAUGCCGUGGCAGAUAGGAUCAUGGCGAAAGAGAAUGGGGAAGACCAAGACAACGAUGACGAAGAGCCAUCACCCAUAUACGAAGAGCCAGAGGCACCUAUGCCAAUGUUCGAGAAGAACCUGUACGGCAAGAUGGGAGACUUGCGCCUGGACGAUGGCUCCGUGCGUUACAUCGGAGGCACCUCUAACCUAAUCCACUUGGCUCAGCAGGAAGAGGUCGACUACUCGAACGCAGAUGAUUAUCUUCAACAAGAAAGUCCUAUCACCUCAUGGACCCACGUUACCAACGACCCGGAGCUGGUUCUCCAUCUUCUCAAUAUGUACUUCACCUGGCACUACAGCUUCUUUACCACACUUUCGAAAGACCUCUUCUAUCGGGACUUCAGUCUUGGCAGGCCGCCGCCUCAUACUCGAAGGAAGACUCACUACUGCACUCCUCUUUUAGUCAACGCUAUGCUGGCGCUUGGCUGCCACUUCACAUCCCACACUGGCGCACGGGACAACCCUGACGAUUCUAGCACGGCCGGCGACCACUUUUUCCGCGAAGCCAAGCGUCUGAUCAUGGAGAAUGAUGAGCACGAGAGACCCCAUCUGACAACUGUUCAAGCGAUGGCACUGAUGUCAGUGCGCGAAGCAGGUUGCGGCAGAGAAGCGAAAGGCUGGGUCUAUAGCGGCAUGUCCUUCCGCAUGGCUUGCGACAUGGGCCUGAACUUGGACUCCAGCCAGCUCACAUCCAACAAGUAUGUCAGCGGGGACGAGAACGAAGAUGACGUGAGGAAAAUCACAUUCUGGGGUUGCUAUCUAUUUGACAAGUGCUGGUCCAAUUACAUGGGACGACUGCCACAGCUACCUUCUUCGCUGGUCACUGCGACAAAGUACGACGUCUAUCCCGACGAGGACUCUGCGCAAUGGGCGCCCUAUACAGAUUCGGGAUUCACGACUGCGCACGCGCAGCCAGCAAGGACUCGCGCUGUGGCGUUACAGAUUGCGAAACUUUGCGAGAUCAGCAACGAUCUGAUGAAGUACUUCUACAACCCAUCCGAUAUGGAGAAGACAAAGGGCAAAGCCGCGGAACUCAAAAAGCUCUCUGCCAUCCACACCCGACUGGAAGCUUGGCGACGUGACCUGCCGAAGGAGUUCGAGCCUAAAGAAGGCGGCCUCGCAGCAGUCCUUGUCAUGCACAUGUUCUUUCAGUUGCUUUUCAUACACCUGUUCAGGCCGUUCUUGAAAUACACGCAAACGACCUCACCACUACCGCCGAACGUCAGUCCAAGGAAGCUUUGCACUCAGGCUGCUGCGAUGAUCUCGAAGCUAAUGCGACUGUACAAACGAUCUCACGGUCUACGACAAAUACCUAACAUUGCUGUCUAUAUCACUCACUCAGCAUGUACGAUACACCUGCUGAAUCUGCCGGAGAAGAAUGCGAAGCGUGACAUUGUCCACGGUAUCAAGCACCUUGAGGAGAUUGCCGAGGGGUGGCUGUGUGCCCGUAGGACUCUCGCGAUACUGAGCGUACUGGCCAACAAAUGGAAAGUCGAGCUACCAGAAGAGGCUUCUUCAGUGCUGGCUAGGACGGAUGUCAAGUUUGGGUCAUAUAUUGGUGAAGUAUCCUCUCCAGCAGCUCAGAGGCGUCCGUCGUAUCCAAUGAGCCCGUCAUCAAUGCAGCCGCAGCCAUGGCAAACAUAUCCUAGUGGCCAGCAUGCAGGACACUACUUUGGGACAGCGACAAUACCAAAGCCAACACUGCCGGCCAACCACGCGAGUGCUGCAGCAGCCAGCCACGGCGCGAACUACAAACCUCCGCCGCAAAAUGCCAGCGGGAUGCAACCACAGCAGUGCCCGUCUGCUACAAACAAGCCUGCAGCCUCUCUACGCUGGCAAAGCGCAGACAGCUCGCACACACGAGCGGGUGGCAGUCCAAGCGACAUGUUCGGCGGAGUGGAGCAGCUCAUCCGCGACAGCUCAGACUGGGCUUAUCGAGAUCAAGCACAACUCGCCACUGGCUUCGAGAAUUGGGACUCUAUCAACAUGGACCCCAACACAUGGACGAGCCCAGUGGCCAGCAGUUCUGCGAUGCACAUGCCCGUCACUGCAGGUCCGGUGGCAGGUAUCAACAUAUCACAGCCGAUGCACAAUAGAGCAAUGACCAUGCCACCAACUAGCAAUGGCGUCUACACUUCGAACACCAACGCCCCUGCUCCCGAUGGGACGGGCAUGGCGAAUUGGCUGAAUAGUAUGAAUGCAUAUAACAUGUCGGCGACUGCAUAUAAUGAGGAUGAAUGGUACAGAUGA